GAUGGUAUAUUUGAUCAAUAAAUCCGCGGUCACACUCAGGCAGGCGAAAAGACGAAAUUUUCGAUAAAAUUAGCAAUUUGUAAAAAAGUUAAUAACACCAUGCAAUAGCAACAAUAGCGAACAUCUGUGCUCCAGCGCAGCCUUGACAGAGUAGUCGCCAUGGACAAGAUUCUGGAAGAGGUCAAAGGCAAUGUACAAAAGAAGUUCAACGAGGUUCGCGCGGCGCUGCAUAUGCGCGAGAAGCUGCUGCUGCGACAGCUGGAGGUCAUCGCCAACACCCAGCAGCAGCAGCAGCAGCUAAAGUCGUCGCCUGUGGACAGCCCGGACACGGACCAGGGCGGUGUCCGCUUCAUCACUGACGAGGAGGAGCAGCUGCUGGCAGCCAUACGCAGCUUUGGCCACUUCCUGCUGGACAGCAACAGCAACAUGCAGCUGGCACUGCAAGACUAUCGGAACACUGGACUGCGCAACGAGGACUACAUCGAGCCGCUGGACGACCACGAUACGAUGUACAAGUGCCUGCAGGACCGCAAGAUCUCAUACUAUGACCUGGAGGACGAGGCGCAACCCGAAGCCAUAGUUGUGGACUUUUCGGGGAACAAGACCGUCGUCGAGGACAACGCCAAGCGUUCCAUUAUCAACAUAACGCUGCAGGAGGCCAAGGAACUUAUACGCAAGGCAAAGAUAAAGCGCGAGCCCCCCGUGCCCGUGGUCGUGCCGCCGCUUAAUCUGGAGGAGCUGGACGAUGAGCUGGAGUCGUCAAUAGCCGAUGCCGUCUCCAGUCUGGGCCGAGAGACGGCCAAGUCGAAGAGCAGCUGCCUCGAGCUGCCAUCGGCGGAUCCACCCACCAAGCCCAAGGGCCGCAAGCAGCGCUUCAAACCAAAAAUCACAAUCAACAACUGCAACGGCACCAUCAACCUGCGCAACAUUGCCAGCCUGACGAUCAACUGCGCCACCGAGGAGGCCGUCAGUGCUGAUAUACCGAUCGUCAAGUCUGCCGACUCCAGCAGUACCACCGAGCAGUCUCAAUCGCAGUCGCAGUCCACUCCCACAACCACCGCCUCCAGCUCGAACUAUUCGAGCAACGCUAGCUCCCGUUCACAGUCCAAGAAGCAGUCUAAGAAGCAUGCGCGGCAGGCGGCAGCGGAGGAGCCGCCAAAGCAGCAGGUGGCAUCCGGCUCUGGCCAGUCUACACCCACACCACGGAACGGCUAUCGCUUUCAGGAGGUAGACACUCACGAUGUCACCUGCGACUUCUACAAUCGCCUGCUCAACGAGAUCAAGAAGAGCUUGAAGGAGAAGCCGCGCCGGCCAUACAACAAUGUGCCGGAGCCAGAGUCAGAGGCACCCACAACGACCUCGUCGGUGCAGACAGCUGCUGCCGAUUCCAGCUGCGAUGCUAACUCCAACACAGUGCAGCCGCCGAGGCAAGAGGACGUCUCCACAUCCACCACCAUCAACACUCAGAGCCAGGCCACAGAGUCGAUGUCGGUGUCGGGGUCACAGAUAGCGCCGGGUAGGCGCUUGGUUCUGAAGAACUUUGAGAACCUGAAGAUCAUCCUGGAGGCAAACAGUGGGGACGAGGACUCCUUCCAUCCGGUGCAAAUUGAGCAGUGGCUGGCCGAGAUCAUCUCCGAAACGGACGUGGAACCGAUGCAUAACACCGACAUCCUCGAGCACAGCCAGAUCAAUAAUACCGAGAGCCCUUAAAUAGGCAG